AUGUUCUUUAAUAACGGGAUCGUAACUUACUACUUCUCGUUGGAAGAGGAUUACAAAGGGAAUUCCCGUGGAACGGUCGCUAGGAAAUUCAUCAAAGUGUCGGUAUCAAGCAGCGUCCUGCCUGGCGCCAUCACGAUGAAAAUGUUGAUGCCGCACGACGGCCUCGACAUCACCCCCGUCGAGUCUUCUGGCGAAUGGCACAGCGCGGCGUUUUGGGUGUUUGUGGUUGGGGCGGCGACUCUGGUGGCUGCAAUGCUGGCUGCCCUCGCCUGCUGGGUGGCGCGCCGUCGUGCCUCGCUAGCUCAUAAGCUGGGCGGCAAGCGUGGCCCAGACAAGGCGCUGGUGUUCCAGCCGCCACGACGCGCUACCGCCGUCCGCUCUCCGGGCUCCGCCACCCACUACUUGCGCAAGUCCCCAUCGCCUACCGCCGCCGCCCCCGCACCGGCCACCUCUCCGCCACAGCCGCAGCCGCAGCCUCAACCGACCGCACCCAAAGAGUCUCCAACAGGCGGCAACAGUCCGCACAGCCCCACCGCUCCGAACGAGCCCACGCCCCUCAGCAAAGAACUCGCGGACGCCACCGCCACUGAGAAGGUCAAGCCCACCGAACCAGAGACGACCGACGGACGACUUGGUGACCUCCAUUUCAAGUUACGUUAUGAGAACGAGAAGAGCGCGCUGGUGGUGUCGGUGGUCUCCUGCCAGGGUCUGCCUGGUCGCGAGCCCGCUGGUCCGGACCCCUACGUGAAGCUGCAACUUCUGCCCGACAAACAGCACAAAGUGAAGACCAGAGUUGUUCGCAAAACGCGCUGCCCAGUUUACGAUGAGGACUUCACGUUUUACGGAAUCGCACCGCACCAGCUGUCCGCCAUAACCCUUCACUUCGUGGUCCUCAGCUUUGAUCGAUAUUCCCGUGACGAGAUAAUCGGCGAGGUGGUUUCACCACUGUCCACUCUGCAACUGCACAGCGGCGAGGCGAUGGCGCUCUGCCGUGAGAUACAGCCGCGCAGCCUCAAGAUGCGCAGCGUGGGCCGUGGGGAGGUGCUGGUGUCACUUUGCUGGCAACCAGCCGCCGCGCGUCUCACCGUCGUACUGCUGAAGGCUCGCAACCUCCCCAAGAUGGACGUCACCGGUCUCGCCGAUCCCUACGUGAAGAUGUACCUGCUGUACAAUGGUCAGCGCAUCGCGAAGAAGAAGACGCACGUGAAGAAGCGCACGCUGAACCCGGUGUUCAACGAGUCGUUCGUGUUCGAGGUGCCCGCCGCGCCGAGCGCCUCCCUCGACCACGUCUCACUCGAGCUGCUCGUCCUCGACUGGGACCGCGUCACCAAGAACGAGGUGAUCGGACGGCUGGAGCUCGGCGCCGGUGGCACCGGCAGCGCGCGCCACCACUGGCGCGAGGUGCAGGCCGCGCCGCGCCGCCAGAUCGCCGACUGGCACAAGCUCAAGGAG